UAUAUACGUACGUAGUAUUUAUUUAGAAAUAAUAAUAAAUAUGCGGGCCUGCAGCGCAACCGCCCAUUUAUAGCAACACAAGUGGCCCUUCAUUCAUUUCUGCCUUCAUCCAUAACUUCCUUCCUUCAUUCGUAAUAAUAAUAAUAAUAGGUAGAUCAUGGGUGCGCGCCACGUGGCAGUUCUGGCCUUCCCCUUCGCAACCCACCCCAGCCUGCUCUUCCGUCUGGUGCGCCGCAUUGCCGCCGCCGAACCCCACGCCACCUUUACCUUCUUCUGCACCGCCAAAUCCAAUGCCAGCUUAUUCGGAGAUCAAACCCCGCCGCCGCCUAACAUCAAGCGUUCCGACUUGGCCGUGCCCGAAUGUCGCGGCGCCGGCUUGGAGGACCAGAUCGCCAUGUUCCUAGACACCGCGCCGCAGAGUCUCCAAAACAGCCUUGCUGCCGCCGAAAAGGAGUCCGGCCUCAGGUUCGGCUGCGUGGUGGCCGAUGCUUUUUUGUGGUUUGCGCACGCGGCGGCGGCUGAGAUGGGGGUGCCGUGGGUUCCCGUCUGGACCUCCGCCGCCACCACCCUAUUGCUCCACCUCCAAACUGAUCUCAUCAGGCAAACACUCCCUCCAGGAAUGAGGGAACGUGAAGAUGAGAGACUGAGAUUCAUUCCUGGAAUAGCGGAGGUACGGGCGGGAGAUAUACAGGAGGGGAUCAUCACCGGUAACCUAGAGUCGCCGUUCGCCGUGAUGCUCCACAAGAUGGGGCGCACCUUACCCAAGGCCACCGCGGUGGCCAUCAAUUCCUUCCAGGACCUGGAGCCGGCUGCCGUGAAUCAACUCAUCAAGACCGCAACAUCAAUCCUCAACGUGGGGCCGUUCAAUGUGACCGCCCCGGCGGCGGCGGCGGCGCCGCAGGAGGACGGAGGGUGCAUGGCGUGGCUGGACGGGCAGCGGGAAGGAUCUGUGGCGUACAUAGCCUUCGGGACGGUGUGCAUCCCGCCGGCAGAGGAGUUGGCGGCGCUGGCGGAAGCGGUGGAGGCGACGGAGACCCCUUUUCUGUGGUCGCUGAGGGAGGAGGCGGUGAGGGGGUUGCCGGAGGGGUUCGUGGAGAGGGCGAAGGGGUACGGGAAGAUAGUGAGCUGGGCCCCUCAAGUGAGGGUCUUGGGGCAUGCGUCGGUGGGGGUGUUUGUGAGCCACGGCGGGUGGAAUUCGGUGCUGGAGAGCAUCGCGGCGGGGGUGCCCUUGAUUUGCAGGCCUUUCUUCGGGGAUCACUACAUGAAUUCCUGGAUGGUGGAGAACGUGUGGAGGAUUGGAGCCCGGGUGGAGUCCGGCGUCUUCACCGCGCCCGCCACCAAGGCCGCCCUUCACUCCGCCCUCCGCGCCACCGCCUUCCGCUCCCAAGUUCAAGCCUACAGAGACUCCCUCCACAAAGCUGUUGCGCCCGAUGGCACCUCCACCCAAGACCUCCUCACUCUCGCAGCCAUCAUCACUGCCAGCCGCCGUUAGCUAGCCACCUUUUCCAUCAUUCAUAAACAAUCUGUUUGUUGCAAUGUUUUAUUUCCAUUUUAAAAUUACCUUAGCUUUUCACUUUCUUUCAUUUUUCCCUGCUCUUUAAUUUCUUCUUGAUAAAACUCUACUCGCUUUUUUUUUUAAAUUUAAGUUGAGAAAAUUACAUCUUAUAUUACUAAACACAUACUA